AUGUCAAAAAAUUUAAACUUAGCCGUCAAAAUUGCAGUGGUUUUAAUAAGCUUCUUCUGCUUCAGCUAAGCAUCUAUUGUUAAAGAAUAUAGCAGCUAUAAUGAACUCUAUAUACUCUAAAAUACUCGAAUCUCUUUUGAGGAAUUCAAAGAGUUUAUGAUAAAGAACUUGGGUGGAUAAGUAGAUGAGCCAAUAGAUAGAAGUGUUCUCAGACAGCAAUUAGCAUACUAUCUCAAAUAAUAAUUAGUAAGAUUUUUUGAGUUUAUAAUCAUUUCUUAGAAAAUAUAAGGGUUCAACUAGGAUCCAAAUCAGUUUGAUCAGAACACUGAGGACAUAGUACUUUUCUUAUCACAUAAAGCUGCAAAGGAUUUCAUUAUGAAACAAAACUUACAAUAAUUUUCUUGGAGUUAAGUUAACAAGUUGAUGUUUGAAGUGAAUGAAGUUAACUAAGAUAAAAUAUAUCGCAAGCCACAGACAUUGCACAGCAAUAAACUUUUGGACUACACUAAUAGCAUAGUCAUAGAGAUGUCUAAUUUCAUCAUCGACAAAAUUCUUGAGCAUAAAUUAUCCUGGGACAGCACAGUAUUUAACUUGGCAACCUAAAGAGAAACUAUUUAAAUGAUUAGCGAUUAAGCUGGUAUAGAAAUCAUGUCUUAUUUCCUAUUCAAGCUAAUUUAUGACGAUAAUAGAAGAUACGCAUAUGAAAGGAUUGAGCAGUUUGAUAACUUUGAUGAGUAUUUGCCAAUAAGUAAGUAUUGA